AUGGGUUUAAUAAGACAGCAUGUUGACAACCCAGAACUCAUUCUUUCCUGCGUGGCUCUUCAUUCCGUCCUCAUUCUUCUCACAAAUGCUCUUUCAAAAAUCAUCAAAAACAGUUCUUCUGGAUUACUGAGAAUCGUCCUGACGGAAAUCGUCUCGUCGUUUAUGUUCAUUUGCGCGAUUUGGGAAAAAGGACUUUGGUUUGAAAACGUCAACGAAACUUAUUUUCACUUUGCGACUGCUGCUCAAGUGAUUUAUUUCACUCAUUUUAUGCCUGGAAAAGCGAACCCGUUGCCGAUUUUGGCGGAGCAUGGACUCGCCAAGAUGCUGCUCGUUUUUCCUUUCCAGAUUUUGGGAGCGCUUGGAGGAGCCAGAUUUAUGCAAGAAGUGUACUGGAAGAUUGGAUUCUUGCCAUUUCAUUCGACCAUUUCUUCUGGAAAGUGCACACCAACGCUGGGAAUCGACCAACAAACAGGAAUCGCCAUCGAAACUGCUCUCGUCUUUUUGAUGAUCAUCGCUCCUGAAAUCGAAAAAGCGCUGGCGAAAACGCUCAAGCUCGACCAAGACAACACUGUCAUGCUCUCUCAAGCUGUUUUGGUCGCAUAUGUCGUCAAGACAUUUAUUCGAUCGACUGGUGCGAUUAUGAACCCCCUUCUGUCAAUCCUCAUCAACUUCCACUGUAUUUCGACGCCACAGGAUCUUCUUCAGCACGCAACGACGUACUGGGCUGGCCCUAUCGCAAUCACAAUGAUCAUGGGCUUCUUCGCAAAACGGGACUCUUCAAAGAAGAAGACCGACUAA